AUGGAUCUCAAGGAGAUCAAGUUCAUGAACGCCGGCCUUCUAUUCGUGGCGACUCUAUUAUUUGUGAAGAUACUCUCGGUUGUCUUAGCUUCAAAAGGUCGGAAACGGCUGCCCCCGACUGUGAAGGCUCUGCCGCUCAUCGGAGGCCUUUUGCGGUUCCUCAAGGGGCCGAUAAUAAUGAUCGGUGAGGAGUACAGGAAACUUGGUAGCGUCUUCACGCUGAAGGUGGUUAACAAGCGUAUAACCUUCCUUAUUGGACCGGAGGUGUCCGCACAUUUCUUCAAGGCGCCGGAGGCCGAGCUUAGCCAGCAGGAGGUGUACCAGUUUAAUGUGCCGACUUUUGGUCCGGGUGUGGUCUUCGAUGUGGAUUAUAGUGUCCGGCAGGAGCAGUUCCGGUUCUUCACCGAAGCACUAAGGGUGUCCAAGCUAAAGAGCUACGUUGAUCAGAUGAUUGUCGAGGCUCAGGUAUGAACUUGUAUCAAAGAUAUUUUCUUCUUUUGUCUUUUACUUCAUUAUAGUUAGAACGAAUAAUAAAAUGCGUGGCUGAUCUUUUCCCUUCUGUUGCGUCAUUGUCUGCUACUGUAAAAGGUAGAAGAGAUGCGAUCAGAUGCCCACUUUUUUUUUUCUGAAGAAUGUGAAACGUUUCGUCUUGCGUGCAUGGGUUCAGGAAUUUUGUGGCGGCCGUUUUUUCUCUUAUGUCGAAGCUCUCAUGUCCAAGAUCUGAAGCAUGGUUCAUUUACAGUGAUCGAGAGUUAUAGAUUCGUGUAGUAGAUUUCAAAAAUGAAUUCGAGGUAGAUUUGACUGACAGCUUGAAUGGCCUUCCCACACUUGAAACGGCUGCCCUCUUAUGUAGCUUGUUUCUUCAGCUUUUGCCUUGAACAUCCGUUUGGAGAUGGAUGGGAUAAGGAUAAGGACCUAUAUCUGGGAGAGAAUAAGUGUCUCUGGUUAAAUAUUCUGAAGCAUAUGGUUCUCUUGCUGCAGAAGAUAUCUCCAAGAAAUAGUUCAAGGGUUCUUGGAACCUACCUAACAUCAAAUCUCCAAGAAGAUAUCUUUAGAUUUGAUGUAUAGAGGAUUGUACCUGUCAACUUAAGCCGAAUCUUUUGUUACCCAAAUAGGAUUUUUUUUUAAAAACUCACAAAAUGAUGAUUUAUUUUGCAUUAACACUUGCAUGACACUGCUGAUCAUAAAGUGAGACCUAAUCUCCGUGAAGAUUGGACAAAUUCAACACGCUGACAGCAAUUGCCUGUUUUUUCCUUUGUUACUUCUAGGACUACUUCUCAAAGUGGGGUGAGAGCGGCCUGGUGGAUUUGAAGUACGAGCUAGAGCAACUCAUCAUCUUGACGGCCAGCCGAUGCCUCCUGGGCAGGGAAGUGAGGGACAAGCUCUUUGCAGAUGUGUCCGCCCUCUUCCACGACCUCGACAAUGGGAUGCAGCCCAUCAGCGUCCUCUUCCCCUAUCUUCCGAUUCCCGCCCACCGCCGCCGCGACCAGGCGAGGAAGAAGAUUGCAGAGAUCUUCAGGACGAUCAUUAACUCCCGCAAGAGCGAGGGCCGAUAUGAAGACGACAUGCUCCAGUGCUUCAUUGACUCCAAGUACAAAGACGGCCGUGGCACCACUGACGAUGAGAUCACCGGUCUCCUCAUCGCCGCCCUCUUCGCGGGUCAACACACCAGCUCAAUCACCUCCGUCUGGACCGGUGCCUACCUCCUCCGCCACCGAGAGCACUUCUCAGCUUGCAUCGAGGAGCAGAAGGGCAUCAUGCAAAAGUGCGGCAAUGGAGUCAACCACGACGUCUUAUCAGAGAUGGACACCCUCCACCGAUGCAUCAAGGAAGCUCUACGGCUCCACCCGCCGCUAAUUAUGCUGCUCCGCCACUCCCACAGAGAAUUCACCGUGAAGAACCGGGAAGGAGUGGAGUUUGACAUUCCAAGGGGCGACAUUUUGGCGACAUCGCCAGCAUUUGCCAACCGGCUGCCGCAUAUUUUCAAGGACCCGGACAGCUACGAUCCUAGCAGGUUCGCCACCGGCAGGGAGGAGGACAAGGCGGCCGGGGCCUUCUCGUACAUCUCGUUCGGCGGCGGUCGCCAUGGAUGCCUCGGCGAGCCCUUCGCCUACUUGCAGAUCAAGGCCAUAUGGAGCCAUCUCCUGAGGGAGUUUGACCUAGAACUCGUCUCCCCCUUCCCGGAGAUUGACUGGAAUGCCAUGGUCGUUGGUGUCAAGGGGAAGGUCAUGGUGCGGUACACCCGCCGGAGGCUGGCUGUGGACAGCUGA